AUGAGGCGCUUCUCCACGGCCGUCACCAUCACAGACCCGCUGGUCAAGUACCAGAGCCUGCUGUCCGCCGGCGUCUACUCGCCGGACCCGGCGCAGCAUCGCUUGGCCCGGCAUCUGCACAAGAUCUACCUUCGGAUCAAGGAUUACUCGCCGCAGAAUGAGUACAAGCAGCGCCUAACCCAGGCUGCGCGCCUCACCGAGUCACGUAUUCCGGAAGAGGGCUCCGAGAAUGUCCUCGCCGUGCCGAGUCACGCGAUAUGGCGUAACCCGCUCUUCAAACACCUCAUUCCCAAUGCCGAAACGCGGGACAGCGUGGCCUUGACGCGUGUGCUGCAGAACCACGAGCUCGCGAUCGAGAUUGACUCGCCAAAGGGACUGUUUCUCUCCGGUGAGGUGGGCACCGGCAAGUCCAUGCUGCUGGAUCUGCUAGCAGACGGACUUCCGCAUCAGCGCAAGAAGCGUUGGCACUUCAACACAUUCAUGCUCUACACAUUUUCGCAGCUUGAGAAUUACCGCUCAGAGAAUCAGCGUAGUGUAUCCAGGCGCCGCAAUGAAGAGCAUUCGCUUUUAUGGAUGGCCAAGAAGCUGGUCGACGAGUCGCCUAUCCUCUUCUUGGACGAGUUUCAGCUUCCCGAUCGCGCAGCGAGCAAGAUCCUCAGUCACCUGUUUAUUGCCUUCUUUCAACUUGGCGGCGUUUUGAUUGCUUCUUCCAACAGAGUACCGGAAGACUUGGAAAAGGCUACGGGUGUGGACUAUACAAAUGCUCCACGUCUGGGGAUCAUGCGCAAAAUCUUUGGCGGUGGCCAUGCUGGCAGUGAGCUCUACGGCCAGGGCAGCGAUUUUUCAAAGCUUCUAGAAGUACUCAAGGCUCGGUGUGACUUUUGGCAAAUGGAAGGCGUCCAAGACUGGCGGCGGCGAGAGGAUAUCGGACUCCAUCUCGACGACGCAGCAGACUCGGGGGAGGCCAUUGCAGCCCCUGCAUCGACGGGUGACGAUGCGCCGAAGUCCACCGAUAGGCCACCAAGCUACUUUAUUACUGGCCAAGAAGAUCAAAAAUGGCCAGAGUAUAUAACAGAGAAAGCAUUUGGGGGCAAGACUGGUGAAAAUUGGACGUCAGAAAACAUUAUUGUGUAUGGCCGCAAGGUCGUGAUCCCACAGCAUCACGAGGGUACCGUAUUCUGGGAUUUCGGGCAGUUGGUCGGCACGUUUGGACCAGCAGACUACAUCACAAUGGCUUCCUCGUUUCACACCUUCAUCAUUGACAAUGUUCCCGCCAUGUCCAUUCUGCAAAAGAACGAGGCGCGCCGCUUCAUCACAUUUCUGGACGCGCUGUACGAAGCCCGCUGCAAGCUCGUCGUCCGCGCCGAGAGGCCCCCCGACCACCUCUUCUUUCCCGAAACCAAGAAAUCGACCUCCACCACCACCACAGCCACUACCGGCGAACCAGUCGAAGAAGGCGACGCCACCUACUCGGAGACCAUUGCCGAGGUAUACCAGGACCAAAUGGCGCCGUUUCGCCCCAACGUCUCCUACUACGACACCAAGAGCGCCACGUCCCAGUACGACCCGGACCAGGACUCUGACUUUAUCCUGGAAAAGGAGGCGCCCAAGAAGCUCGACUUUGGCAACACGGGCGCGUUUACGGGCGAGGACGAGCGCUUCGCGUACAAGCGCGCCACGUCGCGCCUGUGGGAGCUCUGCAGCGCGCGCUGGCAUGCCCGGACGGGUGCGUGGUGGCAGCCGCUGCCGAUGGAGGCGCGGCACUGGGAGGGCGGCGCGGCGUCGCAGCCGUUGAGCGGGCGGGUGCUGCUUCCAAGCGGAAAGGAGAACACGGGGGAGAGCAUGGGCGCGAGCGUGGACGUGGACGAGGUGGCGGGAUUGUCUCGAUACAGGAUAGAGCAUAUGAAGCAAGACGGCGGCAUCUCGGAGCAUAAAUAG